AUGUCACUGCUCUUCCGCCAUCUCCCCAGUUCGGUUCUCCUACUCACCGCCGAGGAGUCUUAUCGAUCAACUGGGAGGCUGAGAGGAAUUGUUGUGCGAUGGUGGAAGAGGCGGAAGAAUGAGUGGAGUUCGAAGGAGAAGAAGAUGGUGCUGGUGGCGGCGGAGGGAAAUCUGGUGCUACUAGUGGAGUUAAUGGCGGAUUUUGGAUCGAAUAUGGUGGAUAAAUCAGCUUUUGUUUUGAGCUCUGCUGGUGGAGUUAAUGGCGGCUUUACUGGUAUCAAUGCCGGAAGCCAGGGCGGCAGUGGUGGAGGAAGGCAGGAUUCCGGUACUUGUGGAAAUAGUGGAGGUGGGAACUCAAUGGCAGAAGGAGAUUGCAGUAAAAAAAGGCCAAUGCAACAUACAAUCACUAAUUAUCACUGGAGAACCACAGAGGAAAUGGUCUCGCAAGAAUCCUUCCAACGAUAG